CUCAACUUCCUAUUCAGUAUAUAGGUAUAUAUAUUAUAUAUUACAUAUAUAUUUAUAUAUAUAUACCAUCCGUCAUAUAUAUACACAUAUAAGAACUUGAAGACUUAUAAGUCAAGACAAAGCGUCUUUUUACCGGUGCAUUAAUAUAAUAUAUAUAUUAAUACAUAUAUAUAAUAUAUAUAUAAAUAUAUAUAUAUAUAUUUAACAACAAUAUAUAAAUAAAAUUCAAUGAUGGCUGAUCAAGUCUACCGAGCAAGUGUUCAUAAAUAAAAUAAUAAUUAAUAUUAAAUAAAUUGUUAUAUUUAAUAUAUGACAGUUAAUAAUAUAUAAAAAUAUAUAUAGUUAAUAAAAAUAUAUAAAAGUGAAUGGUAAAAUAAAUAAUAAAAGUUUAAAAGGAGAACUGAUGGCGUGAACGCCCAGGUUUGACAAAUAAGUUAAUUAUUAACAAGUGUUAGAUACUGCAGAGUAUGGAGAUGUAAUUAGCUGAGGGUAAUUGUUACAGAUUAAAUAAUAUCGGGUGGGGAUCUGGAGAUUAUCUGGAGGUCGGAGGUGAAUGUGAAUGUCGGUAUCGGGAAAGAAAGUCGGAAGGAAGACUAAAUAUUUAAAGUUUUAAACUCGUGUAUGCAGAUACAUUUAUUACUGGAAUAUUUUUUAAUUAAAAUGGCGAGUUCGCUAACGUGGCCGUGCAGUUGUUGUUUGAGAUUUAAAUUCAGUCCUGAGGAAAUCGAACAGAGGUACAAGAGCCAGGAAAUAGAUCGGAUGCUGGAAAAAGAUCGACAAACAUUUAGACGACAGGUUAAAUUGUUAUUGCUUGGUGCUGGUGAAAGUGGUAAAUCAACAUUUCUUAAACAGAUGCGAAUUAUUCAUGGAAUUAAAUUUGAGCCAGAGCUAAUUAAGGAGUACCAGCAUGUUAUCUACCAAAACAUAAUAAAAGGAAUGAAGGUGCUGGUUGACGCAAGAGAUAAACUUAAUAUACCAUGGGAAAACCCCAAGAAUUAUGACAUCGGCUAUCAGUUAUUGAAAAUUGAAAACACAAUGAUUUUAGAUGCGAGAUUAUUUCUCUAUUACGUUCCCUCAUUGUACAGUUUGUGGCGGGACGGGUCCAUCAGAAAAGCUUUUGAUAGAAGAAGAGAAUUUCAAUUGAGUGACUCCGUUCAAUAUUUUUUGGAUAAUCUUGAGAGAAUUUCACGAGCGGAUUACAUGCCGACACAUCAAGAUAUACUUCAUUGUAGAAAAGCAACAAAAGGAAUAUCAGAAUUUGUAAUACCGAUAAAUAAUAUACCAUUUUUAUUUGUCGAUGUCGGUGGUCAAAGAUCACAAAGACAAAAGUGGUAUCAGUGCUUCGAUUGUGUAACAUCAAUACUCUUUCUGGUAUCGACAUCUGAAUUCGACCAGGUUUUAUUAGAAGACAGAAGAACAAAUCGUCUUGAAGAAUCUCGGAACAUAUUUGAUACCAUUGUCAACAAUAUGAUAUUUGGUGGCGUAUCAAUAAUAUUAUUUCUCAAUAAAACGGAUUUACUGGACAAAAAAGUAAGAUCACCGGAUACUAAUUUGUGCUGGUAUUUUCCACAAUUCAAUGGCGAUUCACAUUCCAUGAAAGAUGUACAGAAUUUUAUAUUGGAUAUGUUUAUAUCUGUAAAAAGGGACCCUCGUAAACCGUUAUUCCAUCAUUUUACAACAGCCGUUGAUACUGAAAAUAUAAAAGUUGUUUUUAAUGCUGUUAAGGAUACAAUAUUGCAUCGUAAUUUAGAAUCAUUGAUGCUUCAGUAAUUAAGUAAUUAAUUAAGGGCAUUCUCAGACAGUGUCCCCAUUUUUUUUAAAUGAUGACUUUCAUCUGUCAAUUUUAUUAAUUAAUUUUAAAGACGGCAUUUAUUGAAAGAAAGAAGAGGUCGUAAAAAUUUUGCGAUUUAAUGGAAAAGCCUACGACCCGAUCAGGGAAUUCGUCAAUCACUUCAUGUAUUUGUAUAUUUAAUAAAUAUAGGAGCACAAAUAUAUGACUGAUCAUGUACUAGUUCUCUGAUCGGGUACUGGGUUUCUUACUUCAGAUUUAAAAAAAAAUUAAUUACUCUGGUUAUCAAUUAGGAUUUAAAUCAAAUUUGGUAAAAAAAAUUUCAGUUAAAUUUCAUGUCAACAUUAAUUUUAUAGGCUAAAAUUUACGAUCUGAAUUUCAUUUAACUUCUAAUUGAUGUCAAGUGUAAGUAAUUUUUUUUUUAAAUCUAAAGGAAUAGACCCUAUACCUGAGGGAACCAGUACUCGAUACUGAGUCGCUUACCUUAGAGUUGAAAAAAAAAUUUCACUUGAAA